UACAAUAAUCAUGUACGUUGCAAGUUUAAUUUUGAUUUUCACCGUGGUGACAAUUUUUUCCUCUUUGGGAGUCGAAGCUCAUAAUUAUACCCGCACCCACGGGACUUUUAAUCUCCUUACAAAACGGACUAAGCGACUUGUUGUUUUUCCAAAAGACGCGGCUAUCCUGUUCACAGUGUCAAUGUCCAAGAACCUUUUAGAUGGCCGUCCUACUGGAACAGUAAUGAUUUAUGAACUUGAUCACAUGGUUCCAUUGCCUGAUAGCCUCGAUGCCUGGAAGCCUAAGCCCAAGAAGAUUAACAGCAGUGGUCCUCCGAUCAAUAAUCCUUGGUCAAAUAACUCACAUCAAAAGGUGUGGAACAGGAAACCCAGUUAUAAGGAAACUCUUGAGGAUGCAUCUCACAGUUGGCGAGAAGGCUACAAGGAUCCCUAUUUUUGGUACUCGUCUAAGAAUCGUAUCCAGCAGCUCCGGAAAACGAUCCCGCUCAAUAAGGAAUGGAUGGCGCACACUGGUUAUCGAGAAAGACGGGAAAUAUUCGAUUCCAUUAAAAAAGCAGCUCAAAUGAAUAAGAUAGAUUUGGACGUGAAGAGCUGUAUCUUAAGAACAAUUUGUGAAGUGAAGCACUUCCUGUUGCCACCUGGGAAAUCCUUGAUACAGGAUAUCAUACGGAUAUUGUUUAGCAUUCCAACACAACCUCAUUGGAAAGAUGAAUACAACAAGGCUGCUCGGCACAAAAAGCGAGAUUGCAAGGAAAUUUACAGAAGCAGAUGUCCAAUUAGCGUUUUGGAAUUAGUGCUACAAAAUCAAUCCGAUCUGUCGAAAUUGUAA